CCAAAAUAUAGUUUAAUUAGCCACACUAACCAUCCAACUUUGUUCUAAUAGCAUUUUUCGCAGGUUACCAGCCUGUUGCCAAUGACACUAACCGGUUACGCUGAGGUGGCUUGUCUACAUGGCAAUAAUUAACAAAAUUUCCAUACAACUCAUCAAUCGACUACACCAAUCGUGAAAUUAGGCAUUCCCAAAUUCCCAAUUCGUGAAACCCUAUCCCGACAGUCCGACACCAUUGACGACACUGGAGAAGCAGCGUUGAUUGACGAGCUGCAUUGGAGUACCCCUCAACGACAAUGGAGAAGCCAAGGUCGAUGUCAUUGACGAUAGUAGAGAAAUGUGGAUUGACGAGUUGCGUUGGAGUACCCAUCGACGACAGAGGAGAAGCGUGGAUUGACGAGCUACGUUGGACUACCCGUCGACGCCAUUUACAACUAACUAGGAUGUCAGAUAUUAUUGAAUUACUUAUUCACCAUGGUGGUAACUUUGUAAAAAACCGUAGCCUUAAGUAUGUAGGUGGAGAAGUAGAAUCUGUAAAAAUUGACGCAGACUACAUAUGCUAUCCACAUCUUAUGAAGUACAUAAAAGAGCAACAAUAGGGAAACAUUAUAUCACUCACAUACAAAUUACCUGAGGAAUCUUUUAAGUGCUUGAAACUUUUAAAUAAUGAUGCUAGCAGUAUGCACUUAGUUGAGAUAACUUUGAAGGGUAAGAGGUGUGAAAUAUAUGUUGAACAUGGGUUAGAUGAUCCAGAGUUGGUUACUUUUAUGAGCUUACCUGCCCCUGAAACUGUAGAAACAGAAAUAGAUGAUAGCGCUCAAGCUGGGUGUUUGAGUGAUAUUGAAUUGAAUUUUGAUGGCUUUGAGGGUGGUGUCGGGGCAGAAAAAGGAGGGGAAGUAGGGUCAGACUUUGAAACUGAAGGUGGGGAAGAUAAUGAUGGAGAAACUGAUGGUGGGCCUUACAGUGAUGAAGAAAAAGAUGGUGGGGCUGAUGAUGGGGCUGAAACUAUGGGUAAGCAACCUGAAACUACUACUGUGGAUGAGCAUGAAGGGAAUGAAUCUGUUUACUAUGAUUCAGAUGAUCCUCCUACCAUUCAAGAAGAGAAUGACAAUGAUGUUGGUGAAGAGGUCCAAUCUAGUAGGAUGAAAUCUAGAUAUCCUAUAUAUAAUCCAAAGUCCGAUCCACCUCAGAUUGAGUUAGGAAUGUUGUUUGAUGAUAAUGUGCAAUUUAAAAAUGCAAUGAUUAGUUAUGUUGUACAUAAUAAAAGAGACAUUUGUUGGGAAAAAAUGAACAUAAAUAUGUCAGGACUGAGUGUAAAGGAGAGGGUUGUCCAUUCUACUGUAGUGCAGGGUGGGAAGAUAGAUACAAAUGCUUUCAAGUAA